GUAAAAAAAUGUUCUCUUUUUCAGUCUUUUUUUGUCUAAUUUUUUUGCAAGUAAAGAUUCCAAACUUUUUCGAGUGAAUCAUUGUGAGAGCAAAGUUGAACUAAUAAAUCAACUCGCCGGGAAAAAAUGGAUCAAACGGCGGAGGAGAAGAUGGUGAGAGAGAGGAUUAGAAAGAAAGUUAACGAAGUCAGUUCUGCGUCGCAGUCUCUUCUUUCUCCAGUACAAGACCACAUCAAUUUCACCCUUCAAGUUCGUCUCUUUCUCUCUCUCUCUCUCAAACAAAAAAAAAAGUUUUUGAAAAUUUUGAUGUCUUCUUUCUAAAAUUGAAGAAACAAAGUGGAUUUUUCACAGCUCCCUAGACUCAGUUUUCUUUCUCCUAGUUGCUAAAUUCCUAAAGUUAUGUUCUCUGUGUAUACUCUUCGAAGAAGCCAUUGGAUAUGUACUUGGACUUAGUUUGCUUACUGCGUAGUUUGAGAUUUAUAUAAGAGUUAGUUAUUUUUGUGCUUUUGUGUUGAUGCAGAAGGCAUAUUUCAAAUGUGCAUACGAGUGCUUUGAUAGGACAAGAACACACGCUGAGAUUAGUCGAUGUGCAGAGAGUUGCAGUGUUCCUAUCACAAAUGCACAGAACUACUUUGAUAAUGAGAUGUCGGUGUUCCAAGAGAGGUUGAAUAGAUCUCUUGUGGUUUGUCAAGACAAGUUUGAGGUUGCUAAGCAACAGAAGACGAGAAGUGAAGCGGUAAAUGAUUUGGAGCAUUGUGUAAACCAAACUGUUGAUGAAGCUGUGAAGACUCUGCCUAAUCUCGUCUCAAGAAUGAAGAAAGCUUUGUCAAUCACAGACUGAGCUCUCCAACGAUUAUAAAGAGGGACUCUUUUCUGAUACUUAGAAUUUAUGUUUCAUUGAUCUCAUAUAUAAAGGUGAAAGUUGUGACCCAAGGAUUUCUCCCUUGACUUUUUUUUAAUAAAAAAACAGAGGAUUUCCGCAAGCCGUUUCUGGUCCUCAAACUUUGAUACUC